AUGGCCCAGAAAUUGAUAGUCAGUACACCAACGGGUAGCAAGGUUGAACUUGACUUGGUUUAUGAUCCUUGCCCUGUACAUGUGUGUGAUCACGGGCUAGAAGCAAGUUUAGUAUUGUUGGACAUGAAAGACUUUGACGUGAUCUUGGGUAUGGAUUGGCUAUCGACUUAUGGGGCCAAUCUAAUUUGUGCAGAGAGGAAGGUCUUAUUCAAGCCAGCAAAAGGUGGAGAGUUUGUGUUUAAGGACACUGAAGCAAAAGUUAGGCCACUGGAAGAGCUGUGUGUAGUGAAAGAUUUUCAGGAAGACCUAACGUGGUUGCCACCAGAUCACGAGACAGAGUUUAUGAUAGAUCUAAUUCCUGGCGCAGCCCCAAUAUCUAAGGCUCCUUACAGGAUGGCCCCAACUGAGUUGAAGGAGCUGCAAGAACAACUAAAUGAGUUGUUGAAGAAAGGCUUCAUUUGA